AUGGCUGCAAGAAAGUUAGGUCCUUUAGGACAACUUCGGAACGAAUUCAAUGACUUUGCUAAGAUAUUUGAUUACGACGAAGCUAAGCAUGAAUUUGUAAAAAAAGAAAAAUCACAAGCAGCUUUUGAUGAAUUUAUUGGCAACGAGUUGCAAGAACGAUUCCCGCAAUACGAUGUCAAGAAAAUGGGAUGGAUCACCCGAAACACCCGAUUUGAAGGACCCGGGGAAGAUAACAGUAUACAACGUUUGGUGAGUAAUAUUUUAAACCUACGUUAA